AUGCAGUUAUCCUGGAAAGAUAUUCCUACGGUUCCGACCUCCAAUGAUAUGUUGGAUAUCGUCCUUAACAGGACGCAGCGGAAAACUCCAACAGUCAUCCGGGCGGGCUUCAAGAUCACUCGUAUCCGUGCGUUCUACAUGCGUAAGGUGAAGUUCACAUGCGAGGGGUUUAUUGAGAAGUUUGACGACAUUCUAAAGGGCUUCCCCAACAUCAACGAUGUGCACCCGUUCCAUAGAGAUCUGAUGGACACCCUGUAUGAGAAGAACCACUACAAGGUGUCUCUGGCGUCGGUGUCGCGGGCGAAAACUCUCGUGGAACAGGUGGCUAGAGAUUACGUCCGGCUGCUGAAGUUUGGUCAGUCGCUGUUCCAGUGCAAGCAGUUGAAGCGUGCAGCGCUUGGUCGUAUGGCUACGAUCAUGAAAAAGCUGAAGGAUCCGCUCGUAUACUUGGAACAAGUCAGACAGCACUUGGGCAGAUUGCCAUCGAUUGACCCUAACACCAGAACGCUGCUCAUCUGCGGUUAUCCAAACGUUGGUAAGUCCUCGUUCUUGAGAUGCAUCACGAAGGCAGAUGUCGAGGUGCAGCCGUAUGCCUUCACAACGAAGUCGCUCUAUGUGGGCCACUUUGACUACAAAUACCUCCGUUUCCAGGCCAUCGACACGCCCGGUAUUCUGGACAGGCCGACGGAGGAGAUGAACAACAUUGAAAUGCAGUCCAUCUAUGCCAUCGCCCAUCUACGUUCGACUGUGCUGUAUUUCAUGGAUUUGUCUGAGCAGUGUGGCUUUACUAUUGAGGCGCAGGUCAAGCUGUUCCACUCCAUCAAGCCGCUAUUUGCGAACAAGUCUGUGAUGGUUGUGAUCAACAAGACCGAUAUCAUCAGACCAGAAGACCUGGACGAAGAACGCCAGGAAAUGCUGAAGAGCAUCAUGGACUUCCCUGGUGUGGAGAUCAUGACUACCUCUUGUAUCAACGAGGAGAACGUGAUGGCUGUUAGAAAUAAGGCCUGUGAAAAGCUCUUGGCUUCCAGAAUUGAAAACAAGUUGAAGUCGCAGACGAGAAUCACCAACGUUCUGAACAAAAUCCACGUGGCUCAUCCACAGAAGCGCGAUGAUGGCGUUGAAAGGACACCAUACAUUCCAGAGGCGUUCAAGAACGUCAAGAAAUACGACCCUGAAGACCCUGAAAGAAGACCUCUGGCAAGGGACAUCGAGGCCGAGAACGGAGGUGCGGGUGUCUUCAACAUUAACCUGAAGGAUAGCUACCUCUUGGAGAACGACGAGUGGAAGAACGAUGUUAUGCCUGAGAUUCUCAACGGUAGAAACGUCUACGACUUCCUAGAUCCAGAUAUCGCCGCCAAACUCCAGGCACUGGAGGAAGAGGAGGAGCGCCUGGAGGCCGAGGGCUUCUACGAGUCCGAUGAUGAUGCUAUUGAGGGCAUGGAUGACGAGGAUGUCGAGGAUAUCCGCGAGAAGGCCGCCUGGAUCCGCGACAAGCAAAAGAAGAUGAUCAACGCCGCCAGAAGCAGAAAGGCACUCAAGAACCGCGGUACCAUGCCGCGCUCCAAGAUGGCCAAGUCUUUCGAGGAUAUGGAGAAGCACAUGUCCUCCCUAGGCCACAACAUGUCUGCUCUACAGAGCAAGCAGAGCGCUGCUGCCGCCAAGAACAGAUACACGGAGUCUGGCGCGGACAUUGUCUACGGCAACAACGAAUCUGCAAAGACUGCUGGCAAGCUGCGGCAGUCCGAUAGGCUCAUGGACGGUGUGGCGGACGCCUCCAUGAGAAGCAAGGCCGACAGAAUGGCCAAGCUGCACAGACGCGAGAGAAACAGACAGGCUAGACAAGGUGAGGCUGACAGACAUGCCACCGCCUCGCUGCCAAAGCACUUGUUCUCCGGUAAGCGUGGUAUUGGGUCGAACGAUCGUCGUUGA